AUGUUAUAUCUUCUUCCUCGAUGUGAGAUCCGGCAAGCUCCGGCGAGCUCAGAAGGGUUUGCUAAUGUGAGUUGCUUUGAGAAUCUGGUUGGCUCACCUACUUUCGUGGACAUAAGAAACGAACGGCUCAGUUGCGUGGAGAUUGGUCACGAAGUUGUAGCCGGAGACGAAGAAGCAUACGCUCGUAACAAACGGUGUCGUCUGGGAGUCAUCGAUCACGCUCUAUUUCAUCGGAAAUCUCCUCUCACCAUGUUCUGGCAGUGCCUAAUUUCUCGUUCGAAGCUCAUGUGCAAGCUUAUUGGGGAUACUAUGAACAAGAACGAGGAACAUAUCUGGAAAUACGUAAAUGGGAAGAGAUUUCUACACAGAUUAGAGCAAGUGGAAAGAGGAGCUGGAACAAGCGGAAAGACCGAGAAAAUACAAGUAACCAAGAAACACAGACGCGUUAAGGAAGAAACUGACUCCAAUGAUUCAGAGUUUUGGAUGCUUAAGUCAAGUUCUGGUUCAGAGUCAGAGCAUGAGAGUAAUGAAGAAAACUGCAAAGGUUCUCAUUGUGAUGCCAAAGAAUAUGAGGAGCUCUCAGAAAGAACAAAGAGGAUGCCAAUAGAAAUUGGACCAAGUAUGAUCAUUACGGCAGCGCCACUAUGAUCAUCAGGCUUAAGGCUACUAUUCAAUCUUAGGAAGGGCAUAUGAGUUCUGUUACUGAGAAGAGUGCUAUGUAUGCUCAGAUUGCUGCUGAGGAAGUGCCCAAGAGUCUUUACUGCCUUGGUGUUCGUCUCACUACUGAGUGAUUUCAGAACUCUGAGUUGUAGGGUAAGCUCGCGGAGAGAAUCUAUGCUGUGGCUUCUAAGCUCACCGAUAACAGUCUUUACCAUGUCUGUGUGUUUUCUGAUAACAUUGUUGCUACUUCGGUUGUGGUUAAAUACACUGCUCUCAACUCUAAGGCCCCUAAGAAAGUCGUCUUUCAUCUUGUCACUAAUGCAAUGAAGUCAUGGUUUGCUAUGAACAUGGACAACCUCAGAGGAGUCACUGUUGAUGUUCAGAAGUUUGAGGAUUUCAAAUGGCUUAAUGCUUUUUAUGUCCGCAUCCUCAAGCAGCUCCAAGACUCUGAUACGCAAAGCUACUAUUUCUCUGGACACAACGACGAUGGACGC